AUGCGUAAAUACGCGCACGUCGAAGCCUGCCGCAUCACAUUGUGGUCCACAGCCGGCAAGAUGCGCUUCUUCCUGCUGUUCGCUGUUGUCAUUGGCAUCGCCUGCGGCGCAGCGGUGCCCAAGGCGCCCAAGCAUGAGACAGUCCAGCGGUUCCCGGCCCACCGAUCCAGCCGCAACCUCCAAGAUGACCUGAACGACUUCCUGGCCCUCAUCCCCGUCGACGAAAUCGUCAACAUCGUCCUCAACUACGUCGCCAACGACGCUGAGGUGCAGGCCGCCCUCCAGUACCUCAUGUCUGACGAGUUCGAGAGCAUCGUCGUCUACGUCGACCAGCAGCCCGAGCUGUACGAUCUGCUCAACUUCCUCGAGGACUCAGGCCUUGACCCCUACGGCUUCCUCAACAUGAUCCACGACUUCCUGGGCAUACCUCAGAUUUCGAAACCCGCCAGCCGAAUGAGGAGGAGCAGCAGGAGCCUCAAGUCCAUGCUCGAUGAGAUCCUCGCCAUCCUCCCAGUCGACGAGCUGAAGGCUCUCUACAACGAGAAGCUGGAGACCAGCCCUGACUUUGCUGAACUCAUCAACAGGCUCAGCUCGGACGAGUUCCACCAACUGGUGUUGCGCGUUUUGGAGCUGGACGCUGUGCAGAACUUGAUCCAGAUGCUGAGGGACGCCGGUAUCGAUGUGGACGCCAUCAUGGACUUCAUCCGCAAUCUCUUCGGCUGGGCUGACUCCGGCUCCUUGAAACUGAAGCCAAUCCGAGGUGCAAAGAUGAUCCAACGUUUCCCAGCAAAAAAAUCCAGCCGCAACCUCCAAGAUGACCUGAACGACUUCCUGGCCCUCAUCCCCGUCGACGAAAUCGUCAACAUCGUCCUCAACUACGUCGCCAACGACGCUGAGGUGCAGGCCGCCCUCCAGUACCUCAUGUCUGACGAGUUCGAGAGCAUCGUCGUCUACGUCGACCAGCAGCCCGAGCUGUACGAUCUGCUCAACUUCCUCGAGGACUCAGGCCUUGACCCCUACGGCUUCCUCAACAUGAUCCACGACUUCCUGGGCAUACCUCAGAUUUCGAAACCCGCCAGCCGAAUGAGGAGGAGCAGCAGGAGCCUCAAGUCCAUGCUCGAUGAGAUCCUCGCCAUCCUCCCAGUCGACGAGCUGAAGGCUCUCUACAACGAGAAGCUGGAGACCAGCCCUGACUUUGCUGAACUCAUCAACAGGCUCAGCUCGGACGAGUUCCACCAACUGGUGUUGCGCGUUUUGGAGCUGGACGCUGUGCAGAACUUGAUCCAGAUGCUGAGGGACGCCGGUAUCGAUGUGGACGCCAUCAUGGACUUCAUCCGCAAUCUCUUCGGCUGGGCUGACUCCGGCUCCUUGAAACUGAAGCCAAUCCGAGGUGCAAAGAUGAUCCAACGUUUCCCAGCAAAAAAAUCCAGCCGCAACCUCCAAGAUGACCUGAACGACUUCCUGGCCCUCAUCCCCGUCGACGAAAUCGUCAACAUCGUCCUCAACUACGUCGCCAACGACGCUGAGGUGCAGGCCGCCCUCCAGUACCUCAUGUCUGACGAGUUCGAGAGCAUCGUCGUCUACGUCGACCAGCAGCCCGAGCUGUACGAUCUGCUCAACUUCCUCGAGGACUCAGGCCUUGACCCCUACGGCUUCCUCAACAUGAUCCACGACUUCCUGGGCAUACCUCAGAUUUCGAAACCCGCCAGCCGAAUGAGGAGGAGCAGCAGGAGCCUCAAGUCCAUGCUCGAUGAGAUCCUCGCCAUCCUCCCAGUCGACGAGCUGAAGGCUCUCUACAACGAGAAGCUGGAGACCAGCCCUGACUUUGCUGAACUCAUCAACAGGCUCAGCUCGGACGAGUUCCACCAACUGGUGUUGCGCGUUUUGGAGCUGGACGCUGUGCAGGACUUGAUCCAGAUGCUGAGGGACGCCGGUAUCGAUGUGGACGCCAUCAUGGACUUCAUUCGCAAUCUCUUCGGCUGGGCUCAGUGAGGGCGUGUUGCACCAUUCUAGAUGCAUCCUCAUAAGUAAAUCAUAAUAUCUGCUUUGAAGCCGUGGACUCAAAGAACUUCUAAAAAUAAAUAAAUUAUCUGAAAGUAAA